CUUUCCUCUCCCAAGUCGGAACCCUAAUACAUCCUUCACUCCCCGAUUUGUCUUCUUUCGCAACAUGACAAGGGUUUAUGUCGGAAAUCUUGAUCCUCGUGUCACCGAAAGAGAACUCGAAGAUGAAUUCAGAAUCUUUGGCGUCCUUCGCAAUGUUUGGGUAGCUCGUAGGCCACCAGGCUACGCUUUCCUCGAGUUCGAUGAUGAAAGAGAUGCUUUGGAUGCAAUCAGGGCUUUGGAUGGGAAGAAUGGGUGGCGUGUGGAGCUUUCUCACAAAGAUAAGGGAGGUCGUGGAGGUGGCCGUCGUGGUGGUAUUGAGGACUCCAAGUGCUAUGAGUGCGGAGAGCCUGGUCAUUUUGCUAGGGAGUGUCGACGUGGUCGAGGAGGAGGCUAUGGAAGGCGUAGAAGCCCUAGCCCUCGCCGUCGUAGGAGUCCUGAUUAUGGCUAUGGACGCAGGAGCAUCAGCCCACGUGGAAGAAGAUCUCCUCCGAGGCGUCGUAGUGUGAGUCCACCUCCACCUCGCCGCUACAGCAGAUCCCCACCACCUUAUCGUAGCUCAAGACGUGAUUCCCCUCGCCGCAGAGACUCCCCCUAUGGCAGACGUUCACCAUAUGCCAAUGGGGUGUGAGACUGUUACUGAAGAAGAAGGUGGAACUAUGAUGAGCGUCGCUGUGCCCGUUAGGAUGUGUUUGCUAUGAUAUUAGUUCUUCUAGGGUUGGUUGUUGUUGAGCAUGGACUCUGUGGUGUAGUGGCAUCUUAGUAAGACUUUUAUGUGAUUUGGAAUUCUUCGUCAAGCUGUUCUCCAACGGCUCGGUGUCUUGUUCUUGUUAAACUGGACUACUGUCGACCGUGUUGGCUUGCUGUCUUCAGCGUGCUUGAACCCUAAGGUCGUUUUCAUGCUUUAUUUGACUAUAAUAUUACUUAUAUCAUCCAUAUAUAUAUGCUUCUGGUGUGUUUUAUUGAAUACUGUUUUCUUAUGUCUCAUUCUUGUGACAUAUCUAAAAGGUUCAAGUGUUUUCACUCUUUUUUUUUGCUUGUGAGGUAUGAUUUCUCGUUAGAUACUGGGAUCUCUUGGCAGCUGCGCUGCAUCUUAGUCUCCCACAACUUAGCUUUGUCAUCAUCAACCCAUCAAUCUGCAUCAUCAUCUCCACCAUCACCAGCUAGAUUUGCAUGUUGUUACUUUAGAUCACCUUGUUCUUUGCUCAUCACUCUUACCCGAUCUGCAACCAAGCUUCUGAUGAGAAAGACGAAGUUGUUUCGUCACCCCGUCCUUUCCUCUACCUAUACCUCAUUCUCGGCUCGCCAAUAGUUUUGCACAGCACUUAGGUUCUCUGCUCAUUGUUUGGUCACUCUAGUUUUCAGCAUCUUUGUUACAGAACUAGUGGUACCAUAAUCUUUGUUUGGAGGUUAAAGUUAAAACUACAUGUAACACUUUGUGGAUGUUUUCUUUUGUAUGAAAUGAGUCUUCCGUGAUCAUGAUUUGGUUUUCCACUGACGCAUUCCCUUUACAAUACAUACUCAUGACAUGAAGAUUCUUAUAUGAGAGUGAAUUGUAGCCGGACUUGUGGACCAAGUCAAUGUGAACGUCGAUGCGUCAAUGGAAAACGACCUUUUGCUGUAUAUCAACAACAUUAUUAAACACACGGCAAACUGGUAAAACCUGU